AUGAAUAGUGGAGGUGAUAUAUGGUGUAUUGAAAGCGAUACAAUAUUUCAUCUUGUGGUACGUGCACGACCGGCAGUACCCUAUAGUGAGAGUACGAAAAUCGGUUGUAUUUUGCCAAGGAGUGAAAAAAACGCGUGUAUGGAUGGAAACCGCAUUCUAGCAGACUUCUUCUCGGGCUCUGCCGUCGCCGACUUGUUCAAGGAGGACGUGUUCUUGGCCCAGAACGCAGAGGAACUCACGAGUUUGCAAGCAUGCCAGCCUAUAUACAAGGCCUUGGACAAACAAAGAGACGGGAUUAUUCGACAGGUGUCAGAAAACGUUGCUGGUCACGUUUUCCACCCGAAGCCGCCGGCGGAACUGGCCGAGAGCCGGCUGGUGGAUGUAGCUAAAGUCAUCGAGGCAAUGAACGCGCGUAUGGCCCGAAAUGAGAAAUUGCGGAGUGAAAUGGACCGCGCCAUUGACGAGAAAAUGCAAUUGUUGGCUGUUUUUGCUGAAGAUUUGCGCCGGGGUCAGUUCGACAUCGGCGUUGGCGGAAGCGACACUGAGCACUUUGAGGAAGCGUUGGCCAAAUCACACCAAUGCGUCAAGAAGGAGCAAUGA